UUUUUUUAUUGACUCACUUUGUUCCCAGAUGCAGUUAAUAUUUUCCUACUUGGCUGAGCUGGUCAUGCAUAGCAAGAUGCUGAGGACACUGUCUGUGGCUUUGGCAACCUCUGUGGAUUCAGCAAGUCAAAGUCCUCUUUCAAGAAGGGUGGGUCUAUUAUCUCCUCACACAGACUGUGAGCAGGACAUGUGUUUUACUGCCUCUUAACAUCACAACGGCAAACAGGUCAAAUGAAUAAAAAUCCCAGAUUUUAAAUGUGGUCUCAGACCUUUGGACCCCAUUCACAAUUAUGUUUCAUUCAGCUGUAUAAGGGUGUUCACACUUGGCAGGUUUGGUUUGAUUAAUACGAACUCUUGUGCGAUUGCUCUGUUAGUGCGGAUCAUUUGAACAAUUGUGAACGCUGCCAUCCGAACCUUGGUGCGCACCAAACAAGCGGACCGAGACCGCCUGAAUAGUGGGUCGUCUAAACGGACCAAAAACAGGAAGUAAUUUGCCUAAUGACCUCAAUCAUACCUGGUUCUUCUCAUCAUAGGAGCUAUGUUGCCCAUUACAGUUCAUCAGAACAGGCGUCAGAACUGCCGUCAGCUGUCUUUGCAGCAUAUUUUCAUUUGUGUAUGCAAUGGAGGAAUUCCUGGCGCUGUUUUGACUCCUUUACACAUUGUAUUAGCUCUUUGUUUGUUCUCAGCUGGUAAAAAUACCACCACAUAUACAUAUAUAAAUCCAACGAGCGCAUUUCGCCCUGAAGCCAGCAUUGUUUUGGAUGAUCGGCAAGUUCCGUAAAAAAAUAUACGUCAUAAAAGCUGUCCGAUCAGAUUGUGACUUUUUGAUUUGGUUCAGGUUCAGUGUUAAAAAUGCCAGUGUGAGCGCUAAGCGAACCAGGACUAAAUGUAUCACUUUAUUUUUUGGUCCGGACCAAGAGGACCAAGAGAACUGAACUACAAGUGUGAACACACCCUAAGACAACUGCUAAAACAAUCCAGUAAAGCCAUGGCAAUGCUCAGAGUGAUCUUCAUUAAAGACCGCUAGAGGGCCAAGCCUGUUUUACUGCCCUGUCUCAUAUUGGCUGACUGACCCUACACAGUGCCUCCACUUUUCACACUUCACUGAAACAUCCAGAUCUCCUCAAGGAAUCCCUAUGUGAGAUGAUCCUGUGUAGUCACAUGUCUUUUGCAGUGCUGUACUGCAUACUGUGGCUCACUGUGCCUGUCCUCCUGCGCUCUGAAUUCAAGGUGGCCUACGUUACCGAGCGCAGUGUGUACAUGUGCACGUGCGCGCAGGAUCUCAGCUUCUGUGAGAAAAUGAACUCCAACGAAUGCAACAACUGCAAGAACCAAUCGCUUGUGCUUCAGGAGGCUGAGAGCCCCAGCCCGGUGCAAAAGAAGCACCUGACGGUCUGGUACACCUCACCCCUUAACGUGGCCCUGCUGUUGAACAACUCAGAAGUUAGGCACCUGUCGUUGGUCCAGUGCAAGCCCACUGUUGACCAGCCUAUCUCAUUUGACUACUUCACAGUGCAGCGCCUGGAGACUCUAACAGUCACCUAUCCAUUCUGGAAGCCUGGCUGGGGUUAUAAUAUCACCAUAGGCAAGGACAGGGGUGCCCCAUACCAUGAGGAAGCGAGAAUCGCAAUCAUUCACACCUCUGUGUUGACUGGAAAAACAGAGCUAAAGUCCUACACUGUUCAAACCAAAGUGGACCACAACGGCAUGAUCUCCUUCCCAGACAUUUUCAUAACUCGCAAUGGGCUUUCGGAAAUGUCCAGGAUAUUUGUCACUUUUCUGUACUGAGAAGCCUUCGAAUAGACACAGUGUAGUGUUUUAUCAUUACAUACUUUUCAUGUUGCUACUAUCUACUAUGAUGCAACACAGUUGCUUUCGCCAGUAAACAAAUAACUGUUGUGCAUAGUUAGUAAUGCAUAUAAUUUAUAUGCAAUAGUAGUAAUGUAUAUAAUUAAUGUACAAAUACAUAAUUUAAUUCUAAAAUUCUAAAUUAGAUUUCAUCCUAAAAAAACGUGGUAACACUUUCUAUGAAGUCCAUUUUUAUAAUGCAUUAUGCAUUUAUAAUGUCUCAUAAUCCACUUUAUAAUAUGCCAUAACUUCUCAUUAAUUGUUGUAACCACAAUUAUAAUAUAUUAAAAUACUUUCCUAGUCAUAGUUAUACCUUAGAGUAUGUAGUAUAACAUGACCAACAUCCA